AUGGACGCGACCGCCGAGGAGAUCCUGGUCGCGGGUGGGGAUUCGGUGACCGCGACGCGUCGCUCGUCGAGACCCGUGAAACCAACCGCGAAAGCCCAAAAUUUUUGGCAAGUAGCCUCAAGCCAGGCCGGAACAUCGAAGAAUGCCGGCACAAAGCAAAGACUGCAGGCCGUGGAUGGCGCGGCCCGCAGCGAUUCAUCGCUAAUGCAGAUGAUGUUCCAGACGACGCUCCAGACGAUGCUCCAGGAAACGUCGAGCCAUCUCAUGGACAAGCAGAAACAGAUGCUGGAGAGGCUCUGGGAUGCUUUGAUGGAGAACCAGCGAAAAGCGGCAAAGGGAACGAGCGAUCAGCUGGAGAUAAUCCGACAACUGCAGCAGGAGAUACGGACGGUCAGGGCCGAGGCGGCUGACGACCGGAAAAAGGCCGAGGAAACCAGAAGCAUGCAGGGAACAGACAGCACGUGA